AUGAAGAUGCGGUAUCUGACGAGGCUGAAUAUGCUUGGCAGUCUUGCCUUCAUCAGCAUAUUAAUCGCUUUGUCUCUGUUAUAUACAUCCGGCAACUUCCACACAGUCGGCAACAAGUUGAGUCUGAAGGGGACUGGUUCUACAACCAGCGAGGUUGCCGAGGAAAACCAAGUAAAUGACGUUCCUGCCUCCCCAAUUCCAACCGAUGUCGACCACAGACUGGUUGUGUUUGGAGAUGCCUGGAGUGCCAUUGGUUCGCGAUUAGCUGAGCAAGGGCAAGCUUGGCCGGAGUGGUUAUGUUCAAUGUGGCCAUGUCGAUUGGAAACAUAUGCGCAGAGGGAACAUGUCUGCGAAAGCUCUGUCUGCGGAUCCGUUGUCGACGAAACCGAACUCCACACCAUCGUUUCUGAUGCCGCCCGGUCCUUGGAGUCACUUCCAGACCUUCGCAGCCAGAUUGACCAAUGGCUUGCUGCAGAGCUGAAAGCAACACAAACUGAUACAGCCGGCGGUGAUUUGAAGGUGCGAUCAAACAAUACCAUUUUCGCUUUAUCAUUCCUCAUCUGGGACAUCUGGAAGUUUAACGGAGUGUCGAUGGAGGAUACGGAAAAGUCCAUGGAGCGUAGCCUCGAUACCAUUUUCCAGCAAUUAGAUCGCCUUGCAGAGUAUACCGAUUCUAAUGAUCUUCGAAUUAUGUUGAUGAUGUCUAUUGAUCCCACGUUCUUGCCGGCGUUUGACCCAACUCGGGGACAGAAGGAUAUGAUCGAUAUCGUCACCGAAUGGAACAACAACCUUAAAGAAAAGGCCAAUUACUGGGAGAGCGGGUCGGUGUAUGUCUUCAACACGAAUGAAUUCCUCAACAAUCAAAUCAGAUCACGCCAGUUUUACUUGGCAGGGAUGCUUGACGGACACGGGCUAGGAAAUCAAAACCCCUGGGAUGAUGUUGAAAACCCAUGCGUUUCAAGCCAGGGUACUUGGCUGCCAUUCCUAGGUAACAAGGACCAGCGGUGUGAGAAUCCAGAAAGAUUCCUCUUUUGGGAUGGCUUGCAUCUCGGGCCGACAGCUAAUCAGAUGAUGGCUACGGAGAUGUUUCACGAUAUUGAGAAUCUGUGGGCCAAAGAUUCGAAUUCGACAGAGUCGACAGAGUCGACAUAA